AUGCACAAGACACCGAACGAAACGAGGACCAAAGGAAGCAGAAAGGGCAAGAACACCCAGGUUCGGGUCGACAAUAAUGCCACGAACGAGAACGAGCCGGAGGCCAUCAACAAUGAAGCCGACGAAGACACUGAUUCCAACUCCGACUUUGAUGAUGGCGACAAGCGAUAUAACUUUCGCACCCUAGCAAAGCUCCUCGAACCCAUGCCAAAGCUCACGUCACGAAACUAUUAUAGCCGGAGCGCUCACGUGAAAUCUUUCCUCCAAUCCAUGCCCCAUGCGAUGAAACAUCUCGAGGGAACAUAUGACAAGAAGCACCCGAAAUGGAGCCGCUCCCUCGAUGAUGCUUUAAUCAACGCCCUGCAUGGAACAAUUGACACUACCGGGGAAUACAAUGUAAAUUACCUCGUUCUAGAUGUAAUCAAGGAGUACCUUACUUUCAACCAAGUAUGGAGAAAGAUCGAAAACGGUCUCACGAAUGAAGCCACCAAGACGUCUCACAGACUUGUGCUCAUCUCGCAGCUCAACGAUACAAAGAUGUUUCACUUGGACGCCAGAAAGCUAAUUCAAGAGAUCUGGUCCAUACAGACUGAAAGCAGCCUCCUCGGCAAACCAUUCGCCGAUGAUACAUUGUUCUUGGCUCUGCAGAAAUGCACGAUCCAGCAUCCGGUGUACAAGGAGACGGUUGCCACCAUUCAUCAAAUCGAUUUCAACACCCUUGCCACUGCACUAAGUAUCUGGCAGACCGCUGUUGAGAGCGUCCCCGCACAAAAGAUUGACCCCCGACAAGCCAGUGCUAGAACCGCCGGCAACGACGAUCAAAAUGAACGGGCCGGAGAGACCGAAGCCGAAGCCGACAACAGCCACGCGAGCUCAAGGAACGCAGGCAGACCACGCCGAAUCCGAUGCUGGAUCUGCAAGUGA